UGUUUUUUUAUUCCCACCCCCUGAGCUCUCAGAUAGGGUUCACUGCUACGUCUCAGUCACGUGGCUUUCUCUCCUCGGCGAGGGCUUUGCACUCUGCGGCUCUUCGGCUCUGCCAGCGAUGCUGAAGCUGAGAUGUGAGAUGCAACCCAGCGGGUCCCACUCGUAGAGAGGCGAAGUUAUGGCACGGUCAUCCUCAGAGAAAAGAGUCCUGCAGCAAUUUCUCUUCAAGUCCCGCACCGGCAACGCGCACCCCUUGCAUCGACGCACAGCCCCGCAACCAGAUAACCAAAUAUCCGUCACAGCAAACUAGUUUGACAUCUAAUUAAAAAAAAAAACAAACAAAAAAAAAAAAGAUAAAUCGACGACGACAGAAAGACAUAGCAGCAGUGUUGAAUUGAACGAGGGACGCAAUGCAACAGGCCAGUCAAGUCACGAUAAGAACUGGCUCAGCUACACACGGUAUAAAGCUGAUCUGGCUGCAGCAAUAGUUCCAACUGCCCUUUGCCCAACCUGAGAAUGACACUAAGAAAAUAGGACCACCAAGUCUUCUCUUCACCUGCUGUGCCUCCAGGCAAAUUACUGUAACAGCAUUACAGUGAAACAAGGACCAUCAUGAAUCUGUUCAGGAGAGACGCCAUGACCUCAAAGAAGGAAAAAGAGAAAGACAUCCAGUACGAAGACCCUCCAGAUGGAGGUUGGGGCUGGAUGGUUGUGCUUCACUGUUUCCUGGUAAAUGUCCUUGUAAUGGGCACACUGAAAAGCUUUGGGAUCUUCUUUGUGGCAUUCCAAGAUGAGUUUGGAGGCUCAGCAGAGAGCAUCAGCUGGAUUGGUUCCAUCAUGUCAAGUCUGCGUCUGUCAGGAGCACCCAUUGCUUCAGUGGCAUGUGCCAAGCUGGGAGCCAGAGUGACCUCAAUCACAGGGGCAGUGCUGGUUAGUGGAGGCUUCCUCAUGAGUAUUUUCGCCACCAGCGUGGUAUUCCUUUACAUCAGCAUGGGAGUGAUAGUUGGAAUGGGCUUUGCACUACUAUACCAGUCCUUCUCAGUGGUAACAGCAUUGUACUUCAGAAAAAGGUUGGCAACAGCGUAUGCAAUUGGGCGUUCAGGGAUGGGUUUGACCUUUGCCCUUGCGCCAUUUACCCAACUGCUUCUUGACCAAUAUGCAUGGCAAGGGGCAAUGCUGAUUCUUGGUGGUCUCAUGCUGAAUCUCGUGGCUUCUGGGAUGCUUCUGCGACCCAUCAAAGUGAGGCCGCCUGUUUCAAACCCUACCUCUUUACCCAUCCAAAAGAGCCCCGCUAUUUCACUCAAGAGCUCCGCAGAGAAGGAAUACACUAAGAGUUGCUUGAGUGGCUCUGCUCACUUAUCCAAUGGUGUCUCCAAAUCAGACUCUUUCCCAUCCUCUCCUUCAGCUCGUAGAGAAGUUGAAAAGGUGGGGGACAAAUGUACUCAGGAACCUGAGGACCAGUCAGUGAACCCUGAACAAACCAAACUGUUCCUUAAUGGUGUGAACGGCCAUGAGCUCCACCAUGACAUGGGUCUCUGUAAACCCACAACUCCAGACAGCCCAACAGAGCUCAAUGGCAGCAUGAAUGGGUCCACCAUUGUUGGAUUUUCCUCACAUGCCAGCAUGCAUACUGAAGUGACUGUCACAGAAACCAAAGUACUGGAUUUUUCCUUGCUGAAGAACCCAUUCUUUUGCAUCUACACUUGGUCCUUGGUCUUCAGUCAGCUAGCCUACUUCAUUCCAUAUUUCCACCUGUCUGCCAGAGCGAGAACCCUGGGCAUUGAUGCCAUGGAUGCUUCUUUUAUCAUCUCUGUUGCAGGUAUCACGGAGACCAUCGCCCAGUUGGCCUCAGGCUGGGUGACAGACAGGAACCUGUUCCAUAAAUAUCAUUACCACAAAGCCUACCUGAUCCUCUGUGGCUUGGUCAACCUGCUCUCCCCACUGGCGACCUCCUACAUGUUGUUGAUGCUCUACGCUGUCUUCUUUGCCAUCUUCUGUGGCGGCUACAUGGCUCUUUUGCUUCCUGUUCUAGUUGAUCUUGUUGGCUCAGAGAAACUCAAUAACUCCAUGGGCUUCUCCAUGUUCUUUGUUGGCUUGGGUUGCCUCACAGGGCCCCCUUUGGCAGGGUUCCUGUACGAUUACACUCAGACUUAUGACUGUUCUUUCUACCUGGCCGGCCUCUGCUAUCUACUCUCUUCCCUCUCCCUGUUCCUGGAGCCGCUGGCUCAGCGCUGGAGGGCCCGGAAGAAACUGUCCCAGACAAAGAGCACAGAAAGCAGCUGUAAGACCAAUGGGUGCUUCACCCCUGACCACCUGCAGAACGGCGCUGUGUAGGAAUGAAAUCCAGGGAAGAAUCUUGAACCAACAUGCUCAAGACCACAGGCCUGCAUACCUUGGACCCUGGACUCCAGCUUAAAUUUGGGACCUUGAUUAUAAAUUUCAGCAGGAGUGUGGCGCUGGAGUUACAGUUACACGAUGAGAACACAUGAUAGUCUGAACGUGUAAUUAUGCAGACUUUUUAUAAAGCCAAAAUUCUUGUGCUUUACAAUACAUAGUCCCCUCGUCUUCUUAUGAGCAAUACAAGCAUCAAAGCUGAAGUCAGUUAUCACGUGCAUAAUUUAUUAAAAGAAAAAUAAAUAGUCUCCCAUUGCAACAACAGAACUGCACUGACUGUUCAGCGGGGGUUUUAGCCACACAAUGUUAUGUUGGGAGUUAAGUGUUGCAGUUGAUCUAAAAGAAAUCUUGUCUUCCACCAACUUUUCUAUGUUGACAACAAUCGGAGCACAUAUCCACAAGAAGCUAUGCUAUGGCCAACGUCUUGGGAGGCCAUUACCUGUAUCUGUAAACCUGUACUCACCGAUAUGCACUUGGAGCCAAGUUGUGUUUAUGCUGCAUGACUUUUUCUGACGUUUCACUGUCAGGUAGUCAAAAUACUGAGCAACCAUAUUGCAGCCUUCUUCAAUGAUACAAUGUCUAAUCUUGUAUAUGAAGCCAAAAAAGCACAACAGCUUGUGUAGUUUAACAGGUAAUGUAAGCUUUCAUAUAUUGUAAGCAUGUGCUAGCAUUUAACUUUCAGCAACGCACGCUGAUAUGCUGGUAUUUCCAUCUUUAAUAGUAAUAAUCUGAAUGCUCUUUUUUUGGCAACAAUUUCAAAUAUGUCAGCACACCGUUAAUCCAGCCUCACCCUUCUGUUUACCAGACGUUUAGUUAAGGUUUUUAGAAUAUUUUUUAGCGUUUUAACUCUUUUUCUUUCUAAACUAUCUGCUGAUUUAUUUAUCAGUGGUCAAAUAUUUUUCUGUGCCUCUUUAACUUUUGUGUGAAUGCCACCAUUUUUACUUGUUGAUGAAAAACUUGUCAACUUUUCUGGAAGAAUAUUUGAGGUUUUUUGCUUUUUAGAGCCCAAAAGGCAUAAUGGGUGACUUAUGGAAAUGAGAUAUUCAAGGGUAGUUGGACGUUCUGUGGAAAUCGAAGCUCUUUUUAAAACUUUCACGUAUUUUGCUUAAUGCUUUCACAUGAGGUAACCCUAAUGAAGCCUUUGCACAUGUAUUUCAGCUGCUGACAUUCCUGCAUUCAUCCCUUAUUUUCAAACUGACAUUUAAACUGCUUUGAGCAUAUAUAGGUCAGCAGCAGCACCUGACACUUUAACAGAUUUUACUCCUCCAAUGAACUGACCUGCUUUGACUGGCACAACUGUCACUACUUAUGUAACAAUGCUGUGUAUUCACACAUCAACUAAGAUGUUUGAUGCUUCAAUUUUUCACUUCUGUAAAUGAUUGUUGACGUCCUUGAAACCCUCAGGUUCUUUACUUGUCCACUUGCACCUUCUCAGCAGAGUUCAUCUGCUUUCUUGGUCUCAGAUUUAAGUCUCUGUAAGUGCUAAGUGACAAUUCCAGCAGUUUUAGUCUGCAGAUUCAGCUGACACUGCAUCUUCUUUCCUCACACUUCAUGACGAUUGAACCUGUUUACAGUGGCUGCUCCUGCAUAGAAGUAAUUUCUUUUUUUUAAAUCAUAACCUCAACUGUUGCAUGUUCAGUGUUGCAACCACCAACUACCUGUCUCAUUUUUUUUAAACUCACCAAGCAAAAUAACACUUAAAUGUUUUGCUAUCGUGCUUUUUAACCCAGGCAUGCCUGUGGUGAGAAAAUUGCCAUGCCUGACUCAAUGCUGCCCCUGGGCUGUUCUAUGCAAGUGCACCAACCCCCCUGCACACAUAUAUUUUAAGACUUGCAUAUAAACCAGCUCCUAUGAGAGGAAACCUGUUUGAGUGUUUUCUGUUCUUUACUCAUUGUCGUCUGAUUGGUAACAGAGCUGAUGAGCUCUACUGAACAACAGGGUUUUCUGUGCUAUCAUGUGAUUAUUUUGUUAGCAUUGUACAUAAGUUAAACUCUGACCAACCAUGUUGAUGGUGUGUUGUUACCCCAACUUUCAAAAUGUUGCCCCUGACUUUACAGUGCCUACAGGCAGCCAACUAAUGGCAAUGCAAACUCACAGCAUUACAAUGUUUGUACUUGGUAGGCUAUUGGUUGUUGAAUCUUUUUUUAUAUUGUAUGAUUUUGUGUGUUUUCAAUGGUUUCCUUGUUUUUUCACCACUGUUUGCCUUAUAAGAGAUGUAUCCUUUACUAACUUUCCUGUUAUAUCAGCCAAAGAUCACAUUAGAAACCUACCUUUCAACUUGGUGAGGAAAAAGAAAAAAGCAUGGAGAGAAAAAGCCACUUGGAUCACCUGCUAUUCAAUAUUUUCCUGGUCUUUUUUUAGGACAGACUACAAUCUAGUGAUGUGUUUUGCCAUGCUGCCCUCUUAUGGCAGAAGAACGCUCCUAUUCAAAGAAUGCUGCCUCAAUUAGUACCACAUUAUUCCCCCUCAACUCGCUUACACAAUAAUGCCCAAGGCUCUUUGUAACGUUUCUAUAACAACAGUCAUGCACAAAAGCUCUUUUGGCUCACGAGGUGCAUUCACUACCAAUAUGCUUUUGUGAUUUAGGUUCACUGAAGCUUUUGUACCAUAAGAACUCUUUUAUGUUAAGUAUUUGAUGCUUUAAAGUAAAUUUGGUUAUGUAUCGUUUUACUUUUUAGUCACCUAGAUAUGUUAAAUAGCUAUGCAGAAUGUCAGAAUAAUUUUAAUGUCCUUUCAGUGAUGGCUCAAACACCACUGAUGAAGAACUGGGUGCUUUUUGAUGGCAUUUGAUCUUGUGUUUUUUGUUGCAGCAGUUGCAUUACUGGGGGAAGCCAUGUUUGGUAAAUGUUCUGGUUCCUGGAUUUGUGACAGACUGACUUUUAAAAAUAUGUCUAAUCAAUCAUAGAUAACCUGUUCCCAGACCGUAGACUUCAUUUUGAAGCUUUGUAACAGUGCACAGGUCAGCUGCAAUAAACUGAUAUGUGACUUACUCUGUGAAUGUGUGAUUCAGGCAACUCAGAAGCAUCAAGACCAUGAAAAAAUGCACGUGCUGUACAACAAAUUAAACAUUCUUUUAUUGACACAGAACUCAGUAGCUCAAGCAUACAUUUGCAUUUAUGUAAUAAAGGCCUGUUACAAUAUUUCUCUAUCAUACAACUCUAAGCUUUCCACAUACUGCAUC